AUGGGCAACCAGCAGCAAUGUCCACGUUUUCGGCAAUGGGAUCUUCAAUCUCUUGAACGAUCAAGUGGCAUACCUCAACAACAGCUACUUCAGUUAUAUGAUGAAUUCAAACGAAGUGCUGGAAGAGAUGGCCAGUUGGACAAACAAGAGUUUCAGCAACUGGCCCGGCGACUGGGAAUGCCUGCUAAUGAGCAAUAUCAUCCAUUUCGUGCAUUCGAUACUGAUCGAUCUGGCAAACUUUCAUUCGAAGAAUUUGUUUCAGCUGUCGUUUUAAUGAAUCAAGGUGGAAAUCAGGCCCACAAAUUCCAGUACGUUAUCGAUCAAUACAAUCCAAAUCGUCAACAAGGUUAUAUUACACCGGAGUAUGGACAACAGGUUUUUAGCUCGAUGAAUCAAUUCUACGGUACCCAAGGUGAUCCAUGUGAAAUGUGGGAACAAAUAGACAAUGGUAGAGGUGGCGUAAGCCGGGAUGAAUUCGUUAAUUAUCUUAGUCAAAACUCGCCAUAUGCUCAGAAGUUUGGUGGUGGUAGAGGUUCCUGUUAG